AUGUUAGGGAAGCGAAAGCGAGAAGUCGCUGUUGCGGCUCGACCACGAGGGCGCAGUCCCGACGACGACGACGAACAGACUAUCCCAACGCCUGUCGCUGUCGAUCGAGAGAUAUUCCGCAAAUAUUUCGAAUCCACGUUCGAACCUCUUCCAGAAACCGAGACUGUAACGCUCCAAACACAAGAGAAGGAAGCAGACGAAGACGAAGAAGAAGAUGACAAUGAUGGCGAGGUCGACGCUGAGUCUGUGGAGGCAGAGUCCGAGUGGGAUGGUCUCUCAGAUUCAGAGCACGAGCACCCAACAGUUGAGAUUGUGGAACAUCACGCAGCGGGUGACCUGGCAGAGGAAGUUGGAGCGCGUCGGCAACAGUACAAGACAUUCAUGAGUUCCCGGCCCCCAAAGGAGAUAGAUGGCGCGGGUAGAAAAGGUCCUGUCAAGGAGGCCGACGACGAGGACGACGCUACUACCGAGGCCCUGAAUCUCAAACAUGAUCUUGAUCUUCAACGCCUCCUGAAAGAAUCCCAUCUGCUCGAGCAGGCAAAGGCAUCGUCCACACUAGGAACCCACCGGCACAAGGUGGUGGACAUGCGGAUGCAGGCCUUGGGCUCCAAGGCCUCCAUGUUUCAUCAAGAGAAGAUGCCGCUGGCGCAUAGAAGGGGGAUCCUGGCGAAGGCGGCAGACCGGGAGGCCAGCCGAAGAAAGGAGGCCCGAGAGAAUGGCAUCAUCCUGGAGAAAGCCUCGGGGAAGUCUAGGUCCAAAGACACCCGAAGAGAACGCGGCGUGGACGUCCCUGCUGUGGGCAGAUUUCGAGGAGGCACUCUGACGCUUAGCAAGAAAGAUGUCUUUGAUAUUCAAGGACAAGGCCCUUCUAGACCUCGUGGAAAGAUACGACGACGAUAA